AUGCACAUCCCUAUCGCUUCUUUUGCGCUUCGCGCUUUGGCUUCAGCGCCUCUUUUUAGCCCAUGGAACCUGAGCGAAUGGGUUGCCUCGGAUGACACCGUUCGCAACGGCAAGAGCCAUUCAACUUUGGACAUUAUUGAGCCCGGCGCGCCGGGUAACCCGUUCUCUGAGUCCAUCGCCAACUUCCACGGAAAUCUCGACUUUGUCACCCUGGGUGGUUCUGGUUUCGCUUCCCAGAGGACUGUAGACGACUGGCCCAGCAUCGACAUCUCGGCAUACGACACCAUCACCCUGGAGAUCCCCUUUUCCGACGGCAAGAGGUACUCGUUCAACUUGAAGGACACGGUCCCGCCUCCUGUCAACGGCGUCGAGCAGUCUGGUGUCAGCUGGGAACGGGAUUUCCAAAUUGCUGCCGUGAACCACACUGAUGGUCAAGUCGAGAAGGUCGUUAUGCCGAUUGCCGACUUCGUGCCGACAUUCCGCGGCAGGGUCCAGAACGACACGGCCCCUCUUGAUCUGAAAAGUAUUAAGCGAGUAAACAUCAUGAUUAGAAGCUUUUUUGCUGAACAAGCUGGCGACUUCCAAUUGCAUAUCAAGUCUGUCAUAGCUUCGAAAGCAUGA